AGGACCAUCACCUAUGGCUAUCCCUAUUUCUGUCCCCAUCCUUACUGGCUCAAACUUCUUGGAUUGGCAUGAGGAGUUGAUAUACUAUCUGACUGCUGACAAUCAUGACUAUUGUUUGUGCAAUAAGAAGCCAGCUGAUCUCAUUGAUAAGAGUAUCAUAGAUGAGAUCAGUCUUCAUGAGAAGUGGACCCGAUCAAACCAGUUGUCCCUUUUGUUUAUCAAGAAAACAAUUAGAAAGUUUAUCAAAGGAUCGAUCCCCGACUCUACUGAUGCAAAGACAUAUCUGGCAUCUAUUGAAAAGUGGUUCUCUACUUUAGAUAAGUCUCUUACAGACACACUUAUGGCCAAAUUAGUGAACAUGAAAUAUAAUGAUAGCAGUGCCAUAGCUGAUCAUAUCUAUGGAAUGACAAAUUUAUCUGCACAACUGGCAAAGAUGGACCAAAUACUGAAUGAACCUUUCCUAGUUGGGUUGAUCAUUCAAUCUCUUCCUCAGAAGUUUAAACCAUUCAAGAUCCACUAUAACACAAAUAAAGAUAAAUGGGAUCUGAAUGAGCUUCAGAGCAAGUGUGUUCAGGAGGAACAAAGAUUGAAGCAAGCAGGAGGACAAAUGGCUAACAUGGUUUCACAUAAAUGUAAAAAGGGAAAGAACUUCAAAGUUGCACCAAAGAAGCAAACAUCCAAUCCACCUACUGACAACAAGAAUUCUGGCAAAGUGAAAUGCUUCUUCUGCAAGAAGGAGGGACAUCUUCGUAAGGACUAUCAGAAACAUCGAGCCUGGUUCAAAAAGAAGGGUAAUAAUUCUAUCCUAGUUUGUUUUCAAAUCAAUCUUGUUGAUGUUCCUUGUAAUACAUGGAGGAUUGAUUCUGGUGCAACUGUACAUAUAAAGAAUUCUAUACAGGGAUUCCUUUCAACUUAGAGCCCAAGUCCUAGUGAGAGUAUUGUCUACAUGAGGAAUCAGAUGGAGUUUGAAGUUCGAGCAAUCGGCACUUGCAGACUCAUAAUGGAUACUAGAUACUUGCUGGACUUAUUGGAUGCUUUCUAUAUCUCCUCUAUUUCUAGAAAUCUUAUUUUUUUUAUCAAAACUUGAUUCUGAGGUUUAUGACU